AUGCCAGCAAAAACACCAACGACACCUGACUCAUGUGCCCAGCAAAAGAUAAUCGAGCUCGCGAAUCCCCGCCUCAAGGAGCCCAAGAAGCAGCAGCUAACGACAGAGGACUACCAAAACAACACGCGGACGCAGGUUUCCAAAAGCCUAAGUCAGAUCUUUUUCGUGACUCUUUCAGGACAAAAGACCGGUGUGUUUGAGAGCGUGAAGUUGACGGUCGCGGCGAUGAGUGGGCAGAAAAAGCCGAUGGUUCAGUUGUUUGCUUCGCGGGUUGAAGCUGUGAACUGGUAUGAGCAAAGGACGAAGAAAUCAUUGUCAUAUAAAGCCAAGGAAGAUACUGAAGUGAAAACAAACGGAUGGAACGGCAAAAUAAAAGACUGCGUGGAAGUAUUCGCCGACGGCUCGUUGAUUCGGAAGGGCACAGCAGGAACAUCGCAGCACAGCGCAGGAGUAGGGAUAUACUUCGGUCCGGGCGACCCUCGCAAUCGGGCAAUUAGUAUUCAAGGAAAGGAAACGAUAUCGAGCAAUCAGGUCGAGAUGCUUGCAAUCUAUCAUGCGCUGCAGGUGACGUCCAAACAGAAAAACAUUGUGAUUUAUUCCGAUUCGGCAACGGCAUUAGAGAAUAUUCUCAAGAUGACGAAAGAGUACAUAAGUAACAAAUUCAAGUUCCCAGAGAAAAGCAAACAUGUCGAUCGAGACUACCUCGAACAAGUAUUCGGCGAGCUUGAGAUGCGGUGGCAGCACGGGAAAUCCGUGUUUUUGGUCAAGGUAAAAGGACACGCACGGAUCGAAGGCAAUGAAAUGGCGGAUAAGCUCGCAAAGAUUGGUAGUAAGUUGCUGCUCUGUUGA